UCCGGUGCUCUCCUCCCGCUCUCAAGCCGCUAUCCUCUGAUUGGUCCGUGCGCCCCGUCCAGCAUGCAUUUCGAUUCAAAAACUUUAUUGACACUUGGAAGGUAUAGCAGAACAAAGCUUGUGGCGUGCACGGUUGUGGACAGGUCGUCGACACGUGUGAGGAAAGGUUGGUUAAAUAAUUUACGUCAUCAGCAGAGGGCACGAUGCAAUACCGCAAACUCCACUCUACCGAGGGCACAAGGAGAAGGAGUCCCGGCAAGACUCGUGGCGGUGCUAGGAAACACCAAUUCCACACCUUGCUCCAAGUACCAGGUACCCUACAACAAAUCAUGCUAUGAAAUUGUUCGUCUUGAACGCACCUUCCAAAGUGCCCAGUCCUGGUGCGAGAGAGGAGGAGGGCAUCUGGUUUUCAUCAAUAAUCAGGGGACACAGGAUUUUUUAGCUGAACGUCUGUCUAAGGAGGUUGAUUGGUGGAUUGGCCUUGUUCGCAAGUCAGUAGAGCAGGUCGACUCAGAAGAAGAAUCAGUGACCUGGCUAGAUAGGUCUAAUGUGACUUAUAGCAACUGGGCUAGCCAAGAUUCCUCUACUAGCAAUGGGAGAUGUGGCCACCUAAAGAAAGACUCUGACUACCAGUGGGGAACAACAGAAAACUGCAGCCAGGAGUUGAAUUUUAUUUGUGAAUUUGAGUCUAGUCAUACCAUUGCCUGUGAUAAUCAGAAUGCGACAUUACAGUGCGGGUCAGGGGAAGUGGUGCAAAUCAACAGCAGUUUCUAUGGACGGAAGAGCCCAUAUUUCUGUACACAGGGUAGUGAUUCAGUUACAACAAGUGGCUGCGGCUGGAAAAGUGUUAGAGAACAAGUUGCAGGUCAGUGUCAUGGGCUUCAAGCUUGUCAAAUUGCCACAGAUACAGCACAGUUUGGAGAUCCCUGUCCUGGGUCUGGUAGUUACCUAUCUGUUUGGUAUAGCUGCAAGGAAGGUUUAAGGCUUGAGCUACUUGAUAAAUCCUUUGUGUUUGAAAAUGUAACUCUUACUAUCAAAUGGCUUUUGUCUGAAUAUACUGGGAAUCUGUCCUGCAUUUUAAGUACAGGUGAUGGAUACACUAUUGACCCCUAUCAGCCGGAUAAUGUGUCGAGCAGUAUAGUUCACAGCUACACAUCUCCUGGAGACUUCACUGUGUUUGUAGAAUGUUCAACUAGUGAAUGGCACGUGACGGCGCAACAAAACAUCAUAGUGGAGGAAAGCAUCGGCACCCUUACUGUUUCUGGUUGCUUUAGCCACCAUGAGUCCCAAGAUGAAGCAUGUAGCACAAUAUAUGGACAGACGUUGUGGAUUCAGGUGGAGAUGAACACAGGUAGCGAGAUGAACAUCUCUAUUAUACAUGACAACAUGACGUUAACAGAGACCAGGGUAAAUCCUCAAGAUACUCCUCAUAACCUGACCUUGGAUGCUGCAUCUCAAAAGAUUAUUGGCCCUGGAGUUCACCAGCUGCAAAUUGUUGCAUCUAGUCACAAAAUGUCAAUUCAACUGAACACCAAUGUUACCAUCCAUCUUAUUGAGGUGGUAUCUGGUUUACAAGCUCAUUUAUCUGCCAACACUGUGGAAGCAGGGAAAGAAUUACAGAUAAAUGUGACUGUAUCUAAUGGGAUACCUGCUGCUGUAGUGAUUGAGAUUACAGGAUCUAAUGAUACCAUGAAACACUCUGGGAAAUGUCUGACCACCCAACCGCACAUAUACAACAUCACCAUUGGCACCACAGGUGUUUAUAUGGUCACAGUUAAUGCUGGAAAUGCAGUAUCGAACAUUAGCUUACACAUCGGGAACGUUACAGUAACAGAAAACAUUAAGACAGAAAACCAUGGAAGACUAGAUAAAGAAGGAAAAAAUGUCAUUAAGGAGAAAAGUCGGAUGCAUAUUACACCUCGCAGACAUGUCAGUCCCUUCUCCAACAUUACUCUGCAGUGGCCUGGCAACAGUAUUGCUAAUAUCACAUGGACAUGUGGUGCUUGCUGGUCUGGGUGGUUUGAGUGUGUGAAACAAAAUCUUAUUAACAUCACCUCAUAUAGGACUGUGAUUCCUGCUUCCUGUCUCCCCCCACCCAACGCUGCAUUCACAAUCCGAGCUAUGGUGACUAAUAGUGAUGAGGACACUGUGGAGGAUGAGCAGUGUUUCUAUGUAACCGCUAAGAGUCAACUCCAACCCAAAAUCAGAUGUGAGACCAACUGCAAAAAUGUUAACAUUUCGGAGGAGGUGGUAGUCAGUGCUGCUUGUGAAAACUGUGAAGGUGUUACCUACAGCUGGUAUAUUGAUAUGAGCUUAGUACAGAAGUCUGCAGCUCUUCCCGCUGUUUGCCACCUACGUGAUUUCAGACCAAGUUCCCUAAUUCUGUUACAAAGUGACUUGUCCACUCUUGUGCUGAACAGCACAUUGUUAAAAAACCUAAGUGAAGGCGCUGUCAGAAUAAAGCUGAUCGCUAAGACUUUGCAUGAAUCUGGAGAGGACACGAUAGUUGUUAGCACCCUGCUACCUCCAGAGGUGCCCAGAUGUACCAUAUACCCUAAUGAGGGGACUGUAAUGACAAGUUUCCAAAUCUCCUGCCUUUCUCCAUGUUCUCUAAAUGACUCCUGUGUUCAAGAUCAGCGCAUCUCUCUCACGUACUGUUUCUAUCCUAAACCAAACUCUCAACUUUACUGUGGUCCAAAUCAAGAACUUCCCUCUGUGUAUUUACCUCUCGGAGAAGAAGAAUAUGGCUUCCUGUUAAACAUAACUGUUACUGUCACAAAUAGCUUUGGUGAUUCAGUCAGUACUAUGGUGAAAGUAAAGGUCACAUAUGACGAGACAAGUGCUGACAGCCUGGCAACAUUUCUAUCUGAAAGGUCAACAAACCUUUUAAAGGAGGGGAGCGACAGCAGCUCGCUCAUUCAGCUGUACAAAUCAGUGUCUUCUGUCCUCAACCAAAAGGCCAUGAAAGACAACCAAAAUGUAUCCCUGCAGGCUGACAACAAAAAAGAGUUACGUGAAGUGAUGAUAACAGCGCUCUCUACAGUUAAUGUGACGACACUGCACACAGCUCUUGAGAUGUCCGAGGUAAUGAAAGAUAUUACAAUGAGAAGUGAAGAGCUGUCUUCAUCAGCUCAGAUGGAAGCCAUCAGUGUGCUAAGAGAUGUCAGCCAGUCCUUGCUGACCAUAAGCAAUGAACAAGAUCCAACAAAGGAAACAACUGCUAAUUAUCUUUUCAAUGCCAUGAGUAAUGUGCUGGAAGCCAGUGCAAAGAAUGGGACUGCUGAGAGCAGCAUGAGUACAAUGUCGCACCAUUUACUGAAUGUUGUUGAGAAUCUGCAGAGCGCAUUACUGGUGGGAAAACUACCGGACAAUAAGCCCAUGGUACUGAUGGCUCCGGCUGCUACCAUGUAUAUAAACAGGCUGCAGUCUGACCAAGCAGAGGGAGCAUCUGUUAUUAUUCCAGAUGUAAGCACGGCAGCAUUUACCCUUCCAUCACUGUCCUCUCUGAAUCUGCUGAUGGGGGACGAAGAGGCUCUGGAUCUCCGGAUGGUUAGCUUUUCGGUGAAUCCAUUUUCUAGUAAAACAUUUGACAUUACUGGAUCUGUGGGGGGAUUGAGCCUGACCAGCAUGAAUGGAUCUGUUAUCCCUGUAAAGGAUCUCUCUGAAUACAUAGAGAUAAUGUUACCUAGGGAUUCCAUUGCUGGUGGAGAAAAAAGCACUUUGUUCCUGGCCAAUUUAUCAGCCUUGCUGGUAAACAUAACAUCACCCCACUACCCUCUUGUCCUCCAUUUGGAACCCAGUGAGGACAUACCUUUGAAACUGUACUUGGGGUAUGAAUACCAUCCCAAUGAAACAAACUAUGAUAUUAGUACUCAUCUACCAAAUGGACAAUAUCCUGGAGAUAAAGUGUAUUCCUGGGUGAUAAACCCUGAGGAGCUUUAUGGAGAUGGUAGCUACUACUUGACUAUAAUACCGGAGAUUGAGGAAGAUAAACAUUCUGUAUCUAUAUCCGUUACCAGCUUUACUUCCCAGUGUGUGUUUUGGGAUGAGGUCAGUCAGGAAUGGAAUAACACUGGCUGUCAUGUGGGACCUAAGACUACUCCCCAGAGUAUCCAGUGUCUUUGCACCCAUCUAACCUUCUUUGGAAGCUCAUUUAUUGUCAUGCCAAACGCUGUAGAUGUGAGCCGAACAAUUGAACUUUUUGCUACAUUUGUAGACAACCCUGUGGUGGUCACCACAGUUGGGUGCAUUGCUUUAGUCUAUGUGAUGGUGUUGAUUUGGGCCAGGAGAAAAGAUAUCCAGGAUAAUGCCAAGGUGAAGAUCAUAGCACUUGAAGAUAAUGACCCAUUUGCCCAGUAUCGGUAUCUUGUGACUGUUUUUACUGGCCAUCGAAGAGGAGCUGCAACCACAUCUAAGGUGACCAUAACACUAUAUGGCUCUGAUGGAGAGAGUGAACCUCAUCACCUGUAUGACCAAGAUGGCAUUGUUUUUGAGAGGGGAGGAUGUGAUGUUUUCUUGAUAACAACUGUAUUGCCUCUUGGAGAAGUACAGCGUAUAAGACUCUGGCAUGACAACUCAGGAGAUAAGCCUUCAUGGUAUGUGAACAGAGUGUUGGUACAUGAUGUGGAAAUGGAUCAGAGGUGGUACUUCCUUUGUAACUCCUGGCUGUCCAUUGAGGUUGGAGAUUGUGUGUUGGAUAAGAUGUUCAGCGUUGCCACAGAAGAGGAUAUGAAGCAGUUUAGCAAUUUAUUCUUCAUGAAGACAUCCAAAGGAUUCAGAGAUGGACAUAUCUGGUAUUCAGUAUUCAGUCGCUCUCCCAGAAGCCCUUUCACCCGGGUCCAGAGAGUAUCCUGCUGCUUUUCUCUGCUCCUGUGCACCAUGUUGACUAGUAUCAUGUUUUGGGGAGUGCCUACUGACCCUGCUGAACAGAAGAUGGACUUAGGUAAGAUUGAAUUCACCUGGCAAGAGGUCAUGAUUGGUUUUGAGAGCUCCUUAUUGAUGUUCCCCAUCAACCUCCUGAUAGUUCAGAUCUUCAGAAAUGUCCGACCUAAACCGACAAAAGAGUCUUCAGAAAAAGCAGGAAAAGAUUGUACAACUAAUACUGAAAAGAAAUCGUCUUCACCAAUUGUGUCUAGCUCAGCUGUUACCCCAGAUACUAUUUUGAAGGAGAUCAGAAGAAUUGCCAACUCCAUCUUUAAAGCCCAGAAGGCUUCAUUGCCCAGUAUAGAUGUUGGAAAUUCAGCAGAUAUCAACAAACUAUUAUCACUAAUAGAAGACAUCAUCCUGAAGCAGAACAGAGUUGGUCAAGAGUUUUAUGAUGAUAUUAAGAAGAAGGAUAGGUCAUUGACCCUCAGCUUGGGCUCUGUAGACUUACAUGAUGAAACGAGGAGUCCAUCCCCGGAAAAAGGACUCGGAGAGAGACAUCCAAGAGGAGAUCACAGCCGUUACCUUUACCUGCAGUUGCAGCAAAUAGAGAGGAAGCUGGAGCUUCUAGGGCCUAAUCAGUUUCAUAAUCCUCAAAGUUACAUCCAGGCUGUUUCACAAGUGCAGCGUAUGAAGGAAGUAUUGGAGAACCAGUUCUAUGCUUCUGGGUCUGCUAGUGAAAUGUGUUCCUCCACUAUGAGUCUUUCAGAGGACAAAAAGAAAAAUACAACCAAAGGUUUGCCCUGGUGGUUUGUCUUCAUUGGAUGGUUCCUUGUACUGGCUACAAGUGGUGUAUCUGGAUUCUUUACCAUGUUGUAUGGCUUGCAUUACGGCAAAGACAGUUCUAUCAAGUGGCUCAUUUCUAUGGCCAUCUCAUUUUUUGAGAGUCUCUUUAUCACACAACCUUUAAAGGUAUUAGGUUUUGCAUCAUUUUUUGCUCUAGUUCUAAAGAAGGUGGAACCAGAAGACGAGGAAGAAACCACCAUCAAUGGAGAUCUUUCAGCACCAGGAGAUCCAGACCUUUUGCUAGAAUCUACCAGAGACAGUAACAUAUACCAGCCGCCUCCUCCUACUGAUGUCUCAAGAAUGAAGAAUAUCUAUAUAAAGGAGCAAAAGGUGUUCGCUUUAAUACGAGAAAUACUAGCGUAUUUUGGAUUUCUAUGGAUGCUUCUUUUAGUUGCAUAUGGGCAGAGAGAUCCAAACUCUUACUACCUCAAUAUGCAUAUUGAAAACAGCUUCACUAAUGGACUUGAUAAAGUAUGUAGUUACCAAGAAUUCUUUACCUGGGCAAACACUACAUUGAUCAGUAAUCUAUAUGGAACAUAUCCAGGCUUUGUGACAGACGGCAACUCAAAACUUGUUGGCAGUGCAAGAAUCCGACAAGUUCGAGUCAAGAAGGACACUUGUCCUGUAGCUCAUGUUCUACAAUCCACAGUUAAAGACUGUCGAGCGCCUUAUACUCUGGAUGCAGAAGAUAUGGAGCAGUAUGGUGAACAGUGGAAUAUCUCAGCUUUCAACAAUUCAUCUGAUUCUGACUCUGUGUGGAGCUACAAGAGCCAGUCCAAGCUCAGAAGUCAUCCAACAUGGGGUCGAUUGAGCACAUACCGUGGAGGGGGCUAUGUGGUGGAUCUAGGAGGUGAUCGAACUACGGCAUCUGGGGUCCUUCAAUAUCUCUUUAACAACAUCUGGCUGGACACUUACACCAGGGCAGUUUUUGUUGAAUUUACCAUUUACAAUGCCAACGUCAACCUAUUCUGUCUUGUCAGACUAAUGUUCGAGACAAAAGCUUUAGGAACCUUUCAGACUCAUGCUGAUUUCCAGAGUGUCCGCUUGUACCCGUACACUGAUGGCUUACAUAUCUUUGUUGUGGCAGCUGAAGUUAUUUAUUUUCUCUUUGUUAUUUACUACAUGGUUAUACAGGGAAAACUUAUAAAAAACCAUAAGUGGGGAUAUUUUCGGAGCAAAUGGAACUUGCUGGAGUUGGCAAUCAUUCUCAUCAGUUGGAGCGCCUUAUCUGUCUUUGUCAAAAGGACCAUUCUCGGAAACAGAGAUAUUAACUACUACCAGGACCACAAGGAUGAGUUUGUAAGUUUUAAUGAAACUGCAGCAGCGGAUGCUGCCUUGGGUUACCUCAUUGCCUUCCUAGUACUUCUGUCAACCAUUAAACUAUGGCAUCUCCUGAGACUGAACCCAAAACUUAACAUGAUCACAGCAACACUACAAAGAGCCUGGGGAGACAUCUCAGGAUUUAUUACUGUCAUUGUUAUAAUGUUCCUGGCCUAUUCCAUUGCUUGUAAUUUGAUUUUUGGAUGGAAGCUUAAUUCUUACAAGACUGUGUUCGACUCUGCCAAGACUAUGGUCAGCCUUCAGCUGGGAAUCUUCAACUAUGAGGAGGUGUUAGAUUAUAACCCGGUUUUGGGCUCCUUCCUGGUUGGAUCUUGUAUUAUUUUCAUGACGUUCGUGGUAUUGAAUCUCUUUAUUUCGGUUAUCUUGGUGGCAUUCAGUGAAGAACAAAAGAAUCAUCAGGCAUCAGAAGAGGAAGAAAUUGUUGAUCUCAUGUUAAUGAAAAUAUGCAGCUUUCUUGGACUACGCCAUAAGAAAGAAGACAGCGGGAUUAAUGCAAAUUGUCAGAAUAACUGAAGAGUUAUUAUCCAUAUUAUGUGUGUGGAUAAUUGUUUAUAUAAAUGCACUGUAACCACGCUAACCAAUCAUAUGCUUAUUUAAUAGGAAAGUGGCAGGAAAAUGUGAUUGGUUUCCGGAUUUGUCACCUGUUCCUGUGCACAAGGUUUAUGGAUCUCCUUAUGCUAUAAAAAGCUGCUUUGACUUAUUUUAGUAAAAUAGUUCCUGUCGUUCUGUGACAAGGUAGAACAAGAGUGGUAUAGACCCCUGGGCAUUAAAGGUCAUGGGUUAUCCAGCCUUACAAAAUUGAUGUUUGAAGGGUCCAUGAUGCUUGUGCGAGCAGUGCAGCUUCUUCAGUGUUUACUUUUGCUCGUCCUUCCGAUCAUUUUACAAUUUAGAACAGUGAUGCAAGGUACUGCAGUGUUGUCUCAUUGGGACAAUGCUGGUGAUGGAAAGGGUGGACAUGGGAAGUUGCUGCAGUGUUACACAGGUGGCAAGCCUGUCCAGUUUGUAAGGCUGGGUAACCCCUUUAAACACUUGGUUGGAGUACAAAUAGCAUAAUAAUGGAAAACCAGUCACUCAAGGCUCCACUGAUCAGGCCCUGCAGGCUCAGUGAGCAGGGGCCCCAACUAAUUCCCAUGAGUAGGGAUGCUUUAAUUCAACCGAAUUCCUUUCAUUCUGGUUGGUAAUUUAUUUUUAUUUUUUUAUUAAAAUCUUAGACAUUUUCGUGUAUGCAAAUCAUCCAUUCAUUUUAAUAAAAAUGUAUUAGAAAAAAGCUAUGUAUGAAGAGGUUCAUGAGCAUUGAAAAACAUUGUACCCCUUUCUAUCCAAGCACUGCUGGGGUCCCACAGAGUCCACCACUUUUAUCGCUCUAUCACUUAGAAGAUGAAUAAAAGUGGAAGCCCUUGUAAGUUUCGGUGCAUUAGAAAGCAUGGAUCUACUCAAGCCACCUGGAAAUGUACCUGCAUUUGUGUAUCUCUAUAUGCUCGCUGGCAAAGUUUGUUUUUCCAGUCACAGUCACAUUGUACAUAGCAAAUAUAUCAUGUAUAUUAUUCCACUAUAUCCUCUGUACAGCUAGGUCUUGUGUAUGUGUCUUGUAAGAUCUGCACCUAUUUAUUUCAGUCAUGUAACAUUUCUGCUGAGUCAACAGUAUAAGAAUAAACAUCGAAGCUUUGCAAGCA